AUGAGCGACGGGGUCUGUGAGGUGUCCAUUAUUCUAACGAAUGCACGCUUUGGUCCCUCUCCACCAUCUCUUCUUGACUUCUUGAAGAAAGUUUUAAGAGAAUACACCGAUGGACAAAUAAUGAAGGAAAUAGUACAGAAUGCCGAGGACGCGGGAGCCAAGACAGUUCGCUUUCUUUAUGACUGUCGCGAACAUGGAACGAGUCGUCUUCAUUGGCCUUCUCUCGCCCCAUUCCAAGGCCGGGCUUUGUAUGCUUACAACGACGCCUUGUUCAAGGACAGAGACUGGGAGGGAAUCCAGAGGCCAGCCAGAAGCAACAAGGAAGAUAACCCACUCAAAGUUGGACGAUUCGGUAUCGGAUUCAGCUCAGUAUACCAUCUUACAGAUCUUCCAAGCAUCCUAAGCGGUGACACACUUGCCUUCAUAGAUCCUCAUGAGCGUCACUUUGGAAAGGGUGAAACAGGAACAAAACUGAGUGUGACCGAACAUGCAGACACUUUCAAUUCGCCAGACUUCGUUGAUCAAUUUACACCAUACAACACCAUAUUCCCAGAAAGCACUUACACCAUGAAUUGUGGGGAACCAUACGACGGAACUUUGUUCCGAUUCCCAAUACGGCAAGAAGGAAGCACUCUCUGUGACAAUGAGUAUGAUGACGCUGCUAUGGAACGCCUCCUUGAAUCCUUCAUUGAUGAUGCUGAUGUUGUACUUUUAUUUCUUCGAUCACUGGAGACAAUCGACAUCAGCAGAAGGCUUAAUCGAGGUCAAACCCAAAUCCGAUCAAGAGCAGAGAUAUGCCCCAUAUCUCUUGAGGAUAUGAAAUCAAAGCGAAUAGGGUUCUCCAGAGCAUUAGAAGCGAACGGCAAGAUGGAAAUUAGACAGAGAGCGAGAGCUUCUUUAACCCAUCAGCUCACGUUGACAGUGGAGGUUGCAGAGUCGAAACGUCGAAUGGAUUGGAUCGUGAGUCAGGUUGUUGGAGGAAAAGAGAUGCCAGACAAUUUAAUGAGUAUCGCUGACAAAAACGGAUACCUACCUUGGGUCGGUGUUGCUAUGCCUUACAACUUAUCCCGGAAAAAACGAGAUGGUUUCCGUGGACGAGUGUUCUGUUUCCUCCCUUUACCUCCUGGUGAUGAGAGUUUGACUGGACUUCCGGUUCACAUUCACGGGUUCUUCGGGGUUAACAGUGAUAGAAGAUCAAUCAAGUGGCCUGGUGCUGAUCGGAUUCAAGGAGAUGUUGAUGCGCGAUGGAACUUCCUACUGGUGACGAAACUGAUGCCAGAUGCAUACAUGGAUAUGCUGAUGUUUGCAAUUAGAGAGCAGAAGUUGUCCCCUGAUGAAAUCUACAGAUCUUGGCCCGACCCCGAUAAGGUCAGACCACAGUGGAAACAGCUUCUCAAACCAAUUUUCCAAUUGCUAAUCAAGCUCCCUGUUAUCUAUACAACCGUUGAUAACGAAACAGGUUUAUGGGUUAAGAUUGAGGAUGCUGUCUUCAACUUUAUGACAGGUGAGGACAAAAAUACCGAACGAAUCUUGUUGAAUGUCCUCAAGGCUGCCAAGAUCCCUGUUGCUGAGGUACCAGAACACAUCAAGAAAGUCAUCAAAAGUAAAGAAUACGCCAACUUCAAUGCCAAAGUGAUUUCACCCGAGAUUAUCAUCGAUUGUAUUCAUAAGAGCCAGCAUGGAGUCUUGGAGACCCUGAGUAGUGAUGACAAAAUGUCGCUAUUGGAGUACAUCAUGAUGAAGACUAAGACCCCUCGACUUAUUGGUCUAAGGCUCCUUCCGUUGGCAAACGGUGAUUUCGCCCAAUUUUCAACUAGAUCAGCAUCAACUCCCUCUGUCUUCAUACCCACGAGAGAACUUGACAAGAGCCUUUGCUACAACAUGGGUAACAGGCUUAUCCUGCCUAACAUCAACGAGAACUUGCAUAAACUCCUACAAAAAGCUGCCGGGCAUGGAUCCGUCCAAUUGCAAAUGAUGUCAGAUAAAAACCUAGCUCGACUGAUUCGGGACACCCUGCCAAAAGAAUGGUUCUCGUCAAACCGAAGUAGCACUAUACUCUGGCAUCCUGGCAAAGGAAACCAACCUCCACGAGAAUGGCUGCAUGGGAUCUGGAAUUUUCUGAAUACAAUUCAACGUAAGUCAAUUGGUAUAUAUGAAGGACUUCCAUUGAUACAGGUUGAAGAGAAGCAGUCAGGUGAAGUUGUCCUUGCUUUCCUUAAACGGAACGCAACUAAUAUCUGCCAGAACUAUGGUUCAGAUAAACUUGAUCGGAAUGAGAAUUUGGUUCUUACCAAAAUUGGCCUUGUCGUCUGUUCUUGUCCUUCAUUCAUAGAUACUGCUCGACUUAUAGGGGAGGGUUACCUCAGAAGUCCAACAAGAAAGGGUGUAAUUGGUGCGUUGACAGCCGUACAAAAUGGGAAAUCACUACAAAAGACUGUCGAGAAUCUUCCAAAGGAAGAAAGACGGUUACUAGUAAGGUUGUGCACCAACUGUUCUCUCACUGAUGCAGAGAGAAAUUUUCUUGCUCACAUACCCUUCUUCGACACAAUACCAAGAAGCCCAUCGAUCAGAAGUAAAGUUAUGUCUGCAGGUGAUGAACGUGUUUUCUUUUGCAGAAUGUCUUCAGAUCAACUGCCGAACUUUCAUCUUCCAGAUUAUGACUUGAUUUGUUGCCUUGACAAUGCAAUCCUGAAUUUCAUUUCCAAUCUAGGAAUGAAAGAAAAAGAAAGGAAGGAUUGGUUGAAAGACAUUGUAAAUUCUAUUUGCAAUGGUAGUCAAGACAGGGCAGCUCUCCAGGAAGUAGGGCUAUGGAUAUUGCAUGAUUUGAAAGCUAUCAAAAGAGAUAUUGGCAGUCACCUGUUGAAGCUGAAGUCGUGUGACUUUAUUCUUACCCGUGCAAAUGGGCUCAAAUCACCCGAAUGUUUAUUUGAUCCAGAAGACCGGCAUGUAUCUGCACUAUUUGGCAAUGUAUUCUUUCCAUCUGGAAGGUAUGUGAACGAAGGCCUCUUGGGAUCAUUACGGGAGCUUGGUCUUCGUCAUAAAAGUAGUGUCACAGCAACUGAAUUAGGCAAGUUGGCUGAAGAAAUAACUAAGGAGAGCAAUGCUAAUAAGGCAGGCAUCUUGAUGUCUCUCUUGGGAGAAUAUCCUGACAAGCUUAAAGAACCCAUUGCCAGUGAGAGUGGCCUGACACUGCAGCAGUUCUUGGCUGACAAAAAAUGCAUCCCAUGUCUUCAAGAGAGCCCAGACUUCUAUCCUCAAGACAUUCCAUGGCACAAGUCUAAGGGAGAGAAAAUGAUCAGUCCGGGCGAAACAGUUAUGUCUACCAAAGUUAACAUUCUCGCCUCUGGUGCAACCACACCAUUUUCGAAAGAAGGAAUUCCAAAAACCCUACUACGUAGUCUAGGAGUGAAACAGCAUGCUAACAUCACAUCAAUCAUUCAACAAAUAGCCGCUGUUUCAAAGUCUCUUGGAGGAGUCGAAGCUUCUGAUAAAUCAACGAAACUGGAUAAAAUGGUUCAUGCUAUUUACACCUUGCUGUCAGGUACGGAUAGGAAUGAGCAAGUGAUACCCCGACUGACAUCAUCCUUACCUGCAUGCAUUUGGACUGGCACACAGUUUGUGGAUAUUCAUCGGGCAGUAUUAUCGAGCGAUGUGGACGAUUUCCAUCCCUACAUUUAUUCAAUACCAAAAGAGUUCAGGGAAAAAUAUCAAACUUUGUUCCUAACUCUGGGGGUCCAGAAGAGCAUAUCCCUUCAGCAGAUUCAUGACACCAUCAUGCAAAUACACAAGCUCGAGCCUAAACUUGGUUCUGUGACAGAACGGAUGAAUUUCUGCAUAGAAAACAAGCGUGUUGUGCUAAAGGCGCUCAGACUCCUCCAUAAAAUCUGCGAAGGUAACCGUUGUAGAUAUCCACCAAAUACCUUGGUACCAACGAGUAACGAAAACUCUUUAGAAUUAGUUAAACCUGGCGAUUGUGUUUAUGAAGAUGGCAGCAGUCGCGGAGAUUCUGACGAAGUUCAGGAUAAGCUGAAGGAAGAUAAAACUUUCAUCGUCGAUGGGUCAUUGCCUAUAGCCAUAAUUCGAUCUUUGGGGAUUCCACCCCUUAGUCGAAAGAUUCUUGCACCUGAGGAUUUGAUAGGUAUAGAACAAGCAGGCCAGUAUGAACCACUCACCACAAGACUGAAGAAUAUCAUUAAGGAUAGCUAUCUGGAGAGUGCAAUACCAAAAGAAAUGAUUCAAAAUGCUGAAGACGCAGGGGCAACUAAAGUACAUUUCAUGUUAGACCUUCGGGAAAAUUCUGAAGUACGUUCAAGUUUGUUUGACAAAGGUAUGACUGAUUGUCAAGGGCCAGCACUGUGGGUAUUCAAUGAUGCAUGUUUCUCACCCGACGACUUUCAGAACAUCACUAAGCUUGGUGGUGCGACUAAGGAACUUGACACAUCCAAGAUCGGGCGCUUUGGGCUUGGUUUCAACUCCGUUUAUCAUUUAACAGAUGUUCCCAGCUUCCUGAGUAGAGAAUACUUGCAGAUUUUCGAUCCACAUACAGUACAUCUUGGUUCCAUGCUACGAAGCAAAGAAAGCCCGGGGAUCAGGAUAAAGCUACAAGGAAACAACGCAAUAUCUAUGUAUAGAGACCAGUUUGCACCAUAUGAAGGUGUUUUCAAUUGUUGUCUGCAAGUGAGUGGUGGUAAUGUAUAUUAUGAUGGUACACUUUUCCGGUUGCCUCUUCGAUCAAGACAUGCAGCACUGAAUAGUGAGAUCUCUGAUCAACAUUACGAUGAACAUAAAUGUAAAUCACUACUCGUGGAUCUUUGGCGUUCUUCAGAAGAUUUAUUGGUGUUUACUAAUAGCGUCCGUGAAGUCAAAACAUUUGUGCUUCUUUCCAAUGCAAAGCAGCCAUCUGAAUCAAGUCCACUCUUCGAAAUUGCGAAAGAACAUGUUGCUGGUCGAAAUAUAAUAGCAGAAUUCAUGCAGAGUAAAGGGGAUGCAAGAAAACAGAAACAGAUCAAACCUUUGAUCAAAGAAGAGUGUGUUGUGCGAAGCUUAACUCCGUUUGGAAAGCAAUAUCUCAAGAUUCACGAAGAACCAAGAAAGCGUGAGCUGAUGUCAGUCACAAGCGUCGGAACAACAUCAGCACACAAGAUGUGGCAAACAUCACAAGGGCAGAAAACAGGACUGGCACCUGUAGGUGGUGUGGCAGUGAAGUUACCUCUCUCUGAUGAGCAAGACAGUAAACUCUACAAUGGCUUGCCACUCGCAGUUCCACAUAGCCACCUUCCUUGCCAUUGUAAUGGAUUCUUUGCCAUUUCAGCAGACCGUCGGAAUUUAUGGAAGCCCGCAGCCGACUCAGAUUCCAACUACUUUAUGAAAUGGAAUGAAGCUGUCUUUGAAGAUGUCAUAUUAACAGCCUACAUGAUUCUGUUGACUAAUGAUAGGUUUCGCUGUCACGUCACAAAAAUGCCGUCAAAUCUACGCAUUUCAGGAGUGAAUAGUUCACCAACUAACUUCUACACGCUGUGGCCGAAGGACAGAAAUAUUUCCAAGGGCAGUGAUUGCUAUGCUAUGGUUAAGGGGUUCUACAAAAGAUUGGUUGUCUCUGAUUCACCUGGCCCAAAUAUAUUUUGGGAAGGAGAAAAGACGUGGGCAUUCAAGGAGGCUAUGUUUGUUGAUACAGUACUUUAUGAAAUCCCGCACAUUGCUGUAGCAGUAAAGACGGUUUUUCAAAUGCAACACACGAAGCGAAGUGUUACAGAGAUGCCAUCGGAGAUACGCCUAAACCUAGAAAGGAUGGGAUUCGGGGAACAGCUGAGGAAACAAACCUGUACCGAGCGCGAUUUCUUCCUGAAGCACUUUCUUCCCAAGCUUUCCAUAUUUCCAUCCGAGGUUCGAGAACCCCUUAUCCACUACUGUUUGCAGAACACUGACUUGCGAAAGACUCUGAAAACAAUCCCAUGCAUCCCUACUUCUCCAGACGGUAAGAUCUUAAAGAAGCCUGAAGAAUUGAUACAUCCUCAUGGAAAGGCAGGUAACCUUUUUACGAGCGACGACGGACGGUUUCCCCAUGGUUCCUUUGCAAAUUGGGAUUGUUUGCAUAUUCUGGUGCAUUUAGGAAUGGUACAAGAUGAUAUAUCUGGCAUGGACUUCAUCAAAUGUGCACGGAAAUUAUCGGGGGAACCUAUUCCCCAUGAGUAUGAUCGCAUACUAGUUGACUACCUUACCUACAGAUUGAAGUCACGGGAGUGUUCAUGGGCAAAGGACCAAUCACUUCAGAACCAAAUGAGUAAGGUUGCUUUCCUUCCUGUCACCUACAUGAAUUCCUCGAUGAGAAAAGCAUCAUGCGAUACCAUAUUUGUGCCCGAAAGACUGGCAUUGGUCAGCGACGUAUACCCGGUUCUAGACGAAAGCAACAUCUGGUUUCCAUUUCAGGUUAAGAGAUUUCUUGGUAUUGUUCAUGAUCCAAAAGUGGGUGUCGUACUCCAACAACUCAACUCCAUCAUCUGUAGACCUGAAAUUUGUGGAAACCUUCCACGUGUUUGUCAAGAAAUCUAUGAAUACCUCGAUGCACGACUAAAAAGGGAAGAAAACAUACCCGAGAUUCGACAAUUCUUUCAAACAAAAGAGUGUCUGUUGGUUCACAAAACGUUCAGGAGUUGCGAUCAACUGGCACUUGACUUUGAGGAAGAGUCGGUUGGAUCUUACCUCUUUCGGUUACCCAGGAAUUUGCUUAGCUUCAAAACCCUUCUAACAAACGCUGGCAUAAGAAUCCGAUUUUCAACAAAUGACUUUGUGUCUACUCUAAAGCAUAUCAAUGACACAACUUCUGGAAAGCUAGAUCAUAAUGCAUUCGAAGAAGUUAUGAAACUAAUAAAAUGCUUGGUAAAUGCUGCAUCGACUUACCCCAAGGAAAUGCAAGAGGUUUCUCCGAAUGAUAUUUAUGUUCCAGAUACCAACGGCUACCUCCGAACUGCUGAUGAACUCUCUUUCUGUGACGUAGACUGGAUUUCAGUGCCAGAUGGUGUGAUCAAAGCUCACGGUGAUAUCCCCCUACCUUGGGCGAGGAAACUUGGAGUGAGAGAUAUUCGACAACACAUCCUUGAAAGCUAUUCUGUGCCUGUGCCUGGUCUUAACAAAAUUCGAUCAGAGAAUCUAUUGCAAUUUGGGCAACGAGAACCCCUGACAGAGAGAAUAAAGAACAUCCUCAAAGGAUACCCCUGCGAUGAUACAAUACUCAAAGAACUUGUGCAGAAUGCAGAUGAUUCAUGUGCUACUGAAGUGCACUUAGUUCUUGAUCUCCGUACCCAUCCUAAAGACCGACUCUUUAAAGAUGAAAUGUCUCAUCUGCAAGGUCCUGCCCUCUGUGUAUACAACAAUAAGGCAUUUACUGAUGCUGACAUCGAGGGGAUUCAGCGACUAGGAGUUGGUAGCAAAAGAGAAUUAUCCUCAAAAGUUGGAAGAUUUGGUGUAGGUUUCAAUGCGGUCUAUCAUCUAACAGACUGUCCAAGCUUUUACACAAACGGCGAUACGCUGGGAAUGUUUGAUCCAAAUGUCACAUAUGUACCUAAUGCUACCCAAGAGUAUCCAGGCUUCAUGGUAAACCCAACUAGUGAACUGACCGACGACUUUCCAAACGUUUUCAACUGUUAUCUACCUGAAUUCUUUGACGUAAAGGAUUCAACCAUGUUUCGAUUGCCACUGAGAACGGAAUGCAUGGCAGGUGUAUCGAAAAUCUCUUCUAAGGUCCAUGAACCCGAUAGUAUAAAGCCACUGAUCCAGAAAUUCGAGGAAGGUUUACCAGAAUUGCUACUUUUCCUGAGCCAUGUUAAAAAGGUCAGCAUAUCCACUAUUGAUGAAAGCGGAAAUAUGAUUGGAACGUCUAGUGUUCAUGUAAGCAUAUCGGAAUCUGAACAACAUGAAUUAGAAACAUUUCUUACGACAAUAUCCUCUGAAGAAAUUGAUCCAGUGACUGGAGCCGCAAAGUCUCUUAGAGACAUUCCAGUGACGAAAGUGCAUUAUGAUAUCAGAGUGACUGUAACAGAACAGCGAGCCAAAGACGUGAAAACCCAAACGGAGGACUGGUUAAUUUGUCAACAACAUGGCUUUGAAAAUACAAAUGACGUCCCAGAUACUCUGUUAGAGGCAUACAACAGCGGAUAUCUCCAUGUCUUGCCAUUGGGUGGAGUUGCUGUGCCAUUGGGCAACCAACAGGCUCCAGCGAAAGCAUAUAGCUUCCUCCCCCUUCCCAUAGAAACUGGUCUCCCAGUCCACGUCAAUGGAUCUAUUGAGUUAGAUGAACGUAGACGAGACAUUUGGAGAGCAUGCGACGACACCAGAGCACAGUGGAAUCGUCAGCUCAUGAAGAAAAUCGUGUCACCUGCAUAUGUCAAGGCGCUUUGCAGUCUUCAGGAUAAAAUCAUGGCUCGCAUUGAAGAAGCAAAGGAAACCUUAGAUAUGCAAUACAUCGUAUCGUCAUAUAACGCAAUUCUACCUACAGUAGCUGAAAAUAGGUUCUGGGAAGAAGUUAUUACACACGUUUAUAGGAUAAUUGCUGAUUGUGCCCAACCAAUGUUUCCCUCGAUAAUGCGAAGUGUAUCUGACAAAAGAGAAGGAGAAUGCAUCAUUGGAGUCAAUGAAAUUGAUACUUUAGAAUGGAGGACCCCUCUUUCAGAAUCUCAGAAACCAGGAUACUUUGAUUCUCCAAUCUCAAGAAAUCCGAUCUUUAGAUCGAUUGUAACAGAUCUUGGAUUUCCUCUAAUUGAAUGCCCUUGUCCAGUACAGGCAGUGUAUUCAGAUAGCUUGGAGGAGUACAGAAGAGGGGAUGUCCUUGAGGUCACGCCUGCUAGUUUGAUCAAUCAUCUCUCAAGUAAUGCAGUAGAAGACGUAGGGCUGAGUCCAAUACAAUUACCGAAACCAAUUUCCGACACAGUGAUACAAGACACAUGUACAUUGCAAGCCAUUCUGGAGUAUUGUUCACAAUAUGACGACUUCAAAGACAAUACUGAGGCCCUCCCUCUUCUAUUAACAUCAGAUGGAUUUCUAAGAACCUUCGCAAUGGAAAGACCUGUAUACAGUACCGAGUUUGACUACCUCUUUUCAUCCAGCAGUAGCAAUUUCCUGGAUAAGUCGAUAAGGAAUUACUUCAGUGAAGAUUUCGAUGUUAUCUCUCAUUUCGACAUAUCAAGUAUUGCUGAUUUAUUGAGGAAUGAGUUAUGUCCUACAAAAUUCAAUUGCAACCAAUAUAUUCAGUGGGAUAAAUCUGAACCGACACAAGAAUGGAUCAGCGGGCUAUGGGAAUGUAUCGCUGCAUGCACAAGUCCUGAUGACGCGUUGCAGUGCCUUUCGACAUGGAACAUUGUGCCUUGCCGCAAGGAGGAAGCUACAGGCGUCGUUUACCACCUAGUUCCACUGUCAAAAGCUACCUCUGUGGUGAAUAAGCUAAGUGGCAUGUCUAACAUGCUUGCUGCUUUAAGUUCUUUGGGAGUUUCUGAGGUUGAUCAUUUUAAUAACCAUCCAGAAGCAAAACAACUCAUAACCAAGUUGGUUGCCCACGAAGAUAAACCAGAUACGAUUGUUGCAGUGCUUGACCACGUCAUUCAGACAAAUCCUAGUCAGUUCGAUCAAUUGAUAUCCAAUCAACGCGACCACAUCUUGCGAUACGUAACGACACACAUGCCAGAGAGAUUGAUGGAAAAUGGUGACAACAGAAAGAUCAUCAAAGAUCUACCAUGCUAUAAACAAUUAGACGGGGCUUACAUUUCACUAUCACAAUCACCAAUCGUAUAUGUGAUAAUGGGAAAUCUAUCCUGUGAAGAGAUGAUGAGUGGAUGGCGGAAUACAAUGCCACUUUCCUACGUGGACUACGGUUUGAAAGAACUAUUCAAGGCAGUAGGGUGUAUUUUUGUAUCUGAAUGUGAGGCCCUCUUCAAGUUCAUCUUCCCAAAAUUCGACCUGUUGUCGUCAAAGACACGACUGCAAUACCUCGAAACCCUGUCAAAGCAUAGGUUCACAGUGGAAGUCGUUGGUGAGUAUUGUAUGAAACUCCAAAGCUUUCAGCUAUUGGAAAACAGCGCCGGAGUAUUGAGACGUGGCAGGGAUUUCUUCGACCAAGGAAACAGAGUGUUCCAAGAAAUGCUCUCUGAGGAUAACUUUCCAUCGAAAGAAAUCAUACAGAAGCUCGACCAUUCUUUCGUGCUUACAUUCGGGGUGCAAUGUAAAGUCACAGCAGACAUGUUUCUUGAGUUUGCAAACACCCUAUCGAUGAAUCUGGGGAAAGAAAAAAAGGAAAGAAAAAAGCUUGCUGAGCAAUCAAAGUUACUCGUAAAGGAACUCUUUCAAAAUUGCACUCUACACAAGGACGAAUCAUUUCUAAACAGGAUCAAACUCAUUGACUUCGUUGUCUCUGACGCCCCAGAAUUGACAUUAGCGAAACUGCACCCCUAUCAUAUGGACAUAAAUAUGGGCGUAAGAUUUGAUUCAUCGAGUGUACAUGUGAAUAAGGAACUUGUGUGGUGCUCAAUGCCGCUUCUACCAGAAUAUAUUUCAAGCAUAAAGUCCCACUGUCACUGUCACCGUUCGAAAGAUUUCAUACUAGAAAAGUUAGGUGUAGUGAACAAACCAGUGAUCGAGAGUGUCAUUGAGAAUACAAGAAAGAUGUGUUGUAGCGUCCAUGAUCAAGGGAUAACAGACUUUCAGGUGUUGUGCAAGGUCAUGGAGACAGCUUACCAUUACUUCAAUUCAGCUUGUGGUCGUCAUCAUGAAAAUCAUCGCUGUGGAGAUCGCACUGAUAAAUGCAGUGCUUGUCAAAUGAUGAGCGACAAACUGUCAGACGUACCAUGCGUAGUCACUCAAACUGUACCUCAUCUUGUCAAACCUGAUACAGUUUGCCGUCUUUUGUGUGGGGAUCUGUUCCAGCCUCAUCUGUACCAGUUGCCUGAUAGUUUGAUCCCAUUCAGCAAGUUCUUGUACUGCCUUGGAUCCACUCCGACACCGUCCUUUCGUCAGUUAGCCAAAGUGCUUAAUGGUCUCGCAAGUCACAAUACGAAAGAAGUGCAAAACCCAAACAUGCUCAACGCUAUCAUGUGUGCUUCUCAACUUUUCCUUAAGAAGAUCGAGACCUUGACAACAGGUACCACACUGAGAAGGGAAACGUUGCAAGCUGACUUGGAAGAUAUUCAGAUUGUUCAUCUUCCUGGUUCUUCGAAAGGACAAAUGUUGCCCUCAAUAGAAAUCUUCAUCAAGGACGAUACCGAUCACACCAAACGCCUUGUCCAAUCUCGCGUACCAUUUAUGCCGGAUGAACUUACGAAGCCGUUUGAAAAUGCCCAGUCAUUGAUAGAUUCAUUUCCACAACAUCUCAGACCCCGAUCCCUAAAAUCCUGUGUGAUCGAGAGGGUGGGUACAUCAGCAAGGCCUUGUUUGUACCAGCAGAAUGGCCAGUGUAAAUUUGGAACCAGACUAAAUGGCAUCAUUAAGUCAAUGGAAUUUUCUGAAGCAGUUAAACGUUUAAUCGAAGAAGGGUGUGAUACAGGAAUUGAUGCUGAUCACGAAUGUAUUGCUAAACUUCACAGUCUUCAACUGCAGUGCAUGGCGGAGCUACCCACGUUCUUAUUCCUUGACGGGAAGAAGAUUGAAGGUAGUUUAGCAAAACCUGCCACCUGCAUGAAUACUGAUGAUGGUGCAUGCAUAAAAGUUACACAUACUGAGGACAAUGAGCGUUCAGCAUACAUGGAAGUAGUGACGGGGGUUGCCCAAGCAGUGGUGCAACAUGUAGGUGGGAUUGAUCGAAAGCAUUUACCGUUCCUGAAAGACAUGUUGUCUGCUGAUUCCUCACGUGAGAUUCCAAGACUCCUUCGUAAUUACAAGCUGAUCAGACCAAACGAACGAACUGAAGAUCAUGACGAAGGAAUUGCCCCACCGAAACUUGGCUCCAGGAUCCCUACUGACAUCUUGCAUUUGCUCGACCAAAAUCCUUAUCUCAGGUUCGUAAAGGGGGAGUAUGUGGCGUAUCAGCUCGACAACGACCUUGGAGAGCACGUCGUUCCUAUCCACAUCUACGCUCAAGUACUAGAUAUUCCUGAAAACCUGCUAUCACCUCUUCGCAACAAAUAUCGAAUUGAUGUAGGGGCGGAAGAUCCUGUUUGGGUUAGUGGAUUGAACCUAUUCAAAUUCUUGAUGCCAGAUGAGCCUGUUGAAACAGGCAUGUCAAUAAUAGUGUACUGCCAUCCAUCCGAUGGACAUGGACCUGAAGACACCGCCUCAAGACAGACCCCGCCUACAACAGAAGUUCCUCAGACAGAGGUUCCACCAAAACCUCAGCCGUAUCCAGAUAACAUCGAUGAAGCAAAAGAAGAGGUUUCUAAUCAACUGGAAGAAAUUUGGGAACUUGAUGAAGAAGAACGAAAAAAAGCUAUCAGGAGAAUGUACUUGAGAUGGCAUCCAGACAAACAUCCAAAAGAAAGGAAGAUAUUCGCUACUGAAGUCUUCAAACAUUUGCAAAAUGAAAUCGAGCGCCUGAAGGCGGGAAGAAAGCGCACCGGAAAAGCUGGGAAUACUGGUAAAAGUGGCUCAAGUGAUCCGAGGGGCGGUGGCAGUUUCUUCGAUGAUGAUUUCUUUGAAUUUAUGAGAAAUUGGGCGAGAGAGGAAGGGAGGAAGAGAGAAUCAUACCAGAGGAACUUUAGAGAAAGCGGAUAUUUUGGAAAUUCAAGAUCAAGACAUUGUCCUCCAUCAUUUGAUGAUGCACCCGAGCCAAAUAUGCCUAGAGCAUCAGUUUGGUUGAAACAGGCUAAAUCAGACCUUGCAGCCACCUUGAAUGAUUUUGACAAGGAAGCAUACGAGUGGGUUUGCUUCAAGAGUUACCAUGCUGCUGAAAAGGCUUUAAAGGCCGCCCUGUUUGCCUCUCGUGGGACUCCUAACCACUCACACAACCUACAAGUCUUGGUUACUGAUUUGAAGGGCCAAUUUCGUAACGAGACUCUCACUGAUCGGGCUCAUGAACUGAACCGACUUGUGGAUGUGAGUGAAUGUUUGUAUCCAAAGGAUAGAGUCCUCCUACAAACACCCCCAUGUGAGAGAUUCUCCCGUACCGACUCAGAGAGAGCCAUGUUGUGUGCAAGUGACAUCGUGAGAAUAAUCCAAAAGCAUUUCAAGCUCUAG